AAAUCCAGAUUUUAUUGCAUUUAAUUAGGAAAUGAGUUUUUACCUUUUCUGUUUAACUGCUCAAUUCUUCUACUACUAUCCAAUUGUUCAAACCAUCACAUGUCCCCCUCCAUUACUAUAUAUAUUAGCCUGCUAACUUUUUCUUUCUCAUCCAAUCUUUUUCUUUGUCAUUUAUUCUCACCUUCUCUUGUCUAAAAUUGGCUGUUUCUUGAUUCUAAAAACUGCAUUUUGGUUCCAUUUUUCCAUCUGGGUGUUCCUAAAAUUCCCAUUUAAGUGUAAAAUUAAGUCACAUUUGACUACCAUUGAAGCAUUUUCAGUGAUGUCUGUUGCUGGAAAAGGGUACCCAGAUCUACAAGAAAGCAGUGGAAUUACUAGUAAUAAUGCAUCUUCUAAUUGUUGUUCUGAAGCUUUAGCUCAAUUAAAGCUUUAUCAAGCUUUCAUCUUUUCAAUACCUAUUUUCUUUGCUUUUAUAUUAUUAUUGUUAUUCUACUUAUUUUAUCUUCGUCGUCAGAGAGUCGAUUGGUCCUCUCUGCGAAUGAGGACUUCCACAUUGGACUCUGCUACAGAACCUGAUGAACUGUCACAAUGUGAAUUGGGAUUGAAGAAAGAGGUGAGGGAAAUGCUGCCUAUAAUUGUGUUCAAGGAAAGUUUCUCUGUCAAUGACACUCAAUGUUCAGUGUGCUUAGGCGAUUACGAAGCAGAGGAUAAGCUUCAACAGAUACCUGCUUGUGGGCACACAUUUCACAUGGAUUGCAUUGACCACUGGCUAGUCACUCAUAACACCUGCCCCCUCUGCCGCCAAUCUAUCCUUACUCCAACUAAAGCUAACACUGAAGAAACGCCUGAUAGGAGAGAAGAAACUACUGAGACAAGUUCAAGUGAACAAGAUGCUGAUGAAACAUCUCAUCAAAGAAACUCUGAAUGUUCUGAGGAACCUCAAAUAGGCCAAUCAAAUCCAAAGCCAGAAACCAGAGAAGAAACAGAAGAAAGAUCGUCUAAGGAAGAAGAAGGCGAUAGUCAUAAUGUUGACAAUGUCAUGGACUCAAGAAAAGAAAGUAAUGACGCUUUGUAGGAGAGAUCUGAUUCAGUUUGAUGUUUGUAAGUUAGGGAAGAUAAAAUAGUAGCCACACGCUGAAUAGAGGUUAUGCAGCUUGAUGCGUGUUAGGAGACAAUAGGGAUGAGACAGUGCAGGAUAUAUAUGACAGCAUAAGUUUGCCCCUUUUGUUAGGAUUCAAAGAAUAGUCCAGUUUGUUUUAGGUCUCAGAAUUCAUUACCAUGCUCCUCAAGAUUCAACAUUUAUCAGGAAAUGAGAGGCAAACAGCUCCAUACAUAUCUCCAUGAGAGGUUUGCAUCAUAUUACUGUCUGGGACAAGAAGAAGCUGAAGCAAGCAAAAGUCAUCUUCACUGCAAGCCUAUGGAAUGAUGAAAUAUCUGCAGAUUUGGUACCAUGUAACAUUCCUGAGUGAUAAUUGAAGCCUCUUUUUUCUUUCUUUCUUUUUCUUUAUUUUAGUUAUGUAUUUUCAAGAAGAAAUUGCCUUACCAGA